AUGUCUGAUUUAUCCAACCAACAAGAUCCUCCACCAGCAACAGACUCCAGGAACGUUAGUCCACUCUUGAUGGUGCUCCGACAAGAGCUUGGUCUCAACUGGGGGCUAUACAAAGAGUUCCUGACCAGUAUCAAAGCCGCCAUCCUAGUCGGCGACAAUGCCGCCCCACUGAUCCAUCAGAUGGAGCCUUUGGUACAGAAUCGAGCUUGUCAAGUUGCUCACCAGGGUGUGCUAUUCCUACUGAGAGAGUUGGAGAUGAAAUGUCGCGCCAAACGUAAGACGACUGCAGUCUUCCAUCCACCUCCACUUGACGCAAACCGGCCAUAUAUGCCACCUCCAGCCGCAAACAUGCUGCUACAUGCAUAUCCGCCAUCAAGAACUUCCGUGAGCAGAGUUGUACGCAGUCGUUCCAGCCAAAAUGCUUCAGUGGCCCAGGCACGUCCAGCUCCCGCUACUGCUCGCAACCGAGCUAGGUCCAACGUCGCGACCGCCAUUCGAAAUCAGCCACAUAGCCAGCAAGCUUCACAGUCAACUCCCAGUCACGGCAUUGUCAUGUUCAUUGACCCCAAUUUCAAACGAGAUGUCCAAUAUUUCUUUAGCCUCCCUGGCCGUCCCCGAAUCGUCGAUACCUCAUACCACGAGUUCGACUCUGUGCCACACUAUGAACCUGGUAUCGAUGAUCUUGCUGUUUGGAAGGAUAAGGUGGAGGCAGAGAGAGAGGGUGAUAUAUAG